UUUCAAUUAUGUGCUCAAUGCUCCCCCACUUGUUUACUUGCUUGGAUAAUUUUGACUUCAUUUCUUCUGCCUGGACAAAUCUCUCUCCAUUCUCUCUACUUCAAAUUCAAUCAUUAUACUAAUGACCUAAUAUCUAUGCAUAAGAUGUUUCCUGGGGCUUGAGCCUAUUCUUUCCCUGCAAAUCGAUUUGCAGUUUCUUUUGAAAUACAGUCCUCGACACUUUGUAGUGAGGUAUCGAUCUGGGUGGAUUUAACACUAUUCAUACGAAAUGUUUGACUGCGGUCCAAAGGCUCCGUAUAUUACUGGGCAGCAGGAAAAGUUUGUAAGGUUGGAUGAUCUAGACUCGAGACUAUCAUCCUCGUCAUCUUCAGUCCCGACCAACAAAUGCAGCUUUGGCAACCACACGUCUCAUGUUCCAUCAAGAUCGUUCAGAAAAGGUGUGAAAAAAGGCUCUGAGGGACUAAAAUCUAUUGGCCGGUCCCUUGGAUUCGGUGCCGUAUUCUCGGAAGACCUCAAAGUGUCCGAGAAGAAGAUAUUCGAUCCGCAAGACAAGAUAGUUGGGGCUCUCUGGUACUUGUUGUCCGUGGAACGUAAUGACACUUGCUGGCAGAGGGCUUGUAAACACAGUGGUAAUUGUAGCACAGAUUUCUUGUACUGUGGAAAUCAGAGGACUAAUGGUUACGAAACCUGGAGCAACAUUAGUGAUUCUGUUUUAACCUCAGCUUGUCCUGUGGAUGAUGAGGACAAUCCGCCGUUUGAUUUUGGAAUCUUCAGGCAGGCUUUAGCAUCCCAAGUAGUUUCAUCAAAUAAGUUCUUGUCCAAGUACUGCUACUGUCUAUGUACACUUGGACAGGGCCUUCAAACCAGUACUUAUCCUGGGGAGUCUAUAUUCAGCAUCGCACUUGCUAUCUUUGGCCUCAUUCUCUUUGCCUUGUUGAUUGGGAAUAUGCAGACUUACCUCCAAUCACUCACUAUCCGACUCGAAGAGAUGAGAGUGAAAAGACGCGACUCAGAGCAAUGGAUGCAUCACCGUCUACUGCCGCCCGAUCUAAGAGAGCGAGUGCCGCUGUUUGAGAAGAUGGACGAGCGACUGCUAGACGCGAUCUGCGAGCGCCUCAAGCCGUGGCUGUACACCGAGAGCAGCUACAUCGUGCGCGAAGGUGACCCAGUGGACGAGAUGAUUUUUCUAAUCCGAGGCCGACUCGAGAGUGUGACAACCGACGGGGGCCGAAGUGGGUUCUUCAACCGGAGCCUUCUCAAGGAAGGGGACUUUUGCGGGGAGGAGCUUCUCACGUGGGCCCUCGACCCGAAGUCGGCCGCCAACCUUCCCUCGUCCACACGCACCGCCGCCUGGCGCCGCUAUUCCAAGAGGAAGCUCUUGGAGGUUAGGAGGAAAGAGGAGGCCGAUGCUGAGGCUGAGGCUGGGGCUGGGGGGUUGUAUAGUAUAAGGGCGACUUUCCUGGCGUCGAGGUUUGCUGCCAAUGCCCUGCGUGGGGUCCACAGGAACCGGAAUCUCAAGGAGCUGGUGAAGCUCCAGAAGCCGCCGGAGCCGGAUUUCACGGGAUUAACUGAUUGA